GAGUUCCAGGAGAUGAAAACUACACACCGGCUGCCUGCAUUGAUGCGGAGACCAGACCCGCGUCGCCCUGUGAAGCGACGGGGGAGUGUCAAGAUUUGCAGGACCUAGCUACGCGGUAUGAGGACGGCAUGCGCAUUGCGAGGGCCUUGGAACUCAACGCGAUCAACGCGAUGCAGGUUGCUCAGGUACUCCUGAAAAGGGUCGACAAGGCCGCUGUGAACCUUACACGGAUGCCAGAGCUGAGCCAUUUUAGUGCUGGUGAGCCGAACGGCCCUGGUGGUGAACCGUGGCCGCUGGAGGAUCAGCUGACUCUGACAGUUCGCGGGCCCCUGGUUAACGGCGAUCAUGGUGUGCAAGAAGACGACAUCGAUGAAGACUACCUCAUCAG